AUGGCAGUGGCAUGGGAUGAGGAGGAGGAGGAGGAGGAGGAGGAGGGUGAAGAGGCUCAUAGAGAGUGUGGGAGCACGGGCAUGGAAGCAGUCGGCAUUAGCAGCAACAGGAUACUUGACCACUGCGCCAUCAUUGCGGCCACCGUCUCCUCGGAAAUUGCUGCACAACAGCAAUUGCCCUUUCGGCGCGGGUGUGCUGGCCACGAUUGCACCGAUGCAGUGGCACACUGCGCCAGCACACGCAUACAGAAAAGGGGGGGGGGAGGCUUGCGGGUGCUGGUGGCCUUCAUCGCCUCCCAUGGUGCAUGGCGUGUUCACGGCGAUGGACUAGAAAUCCAUUGGGGACUCCCCGCGCAGGUUCAAAUCCUGCUCGCGACGAGUGCCGCUGCUUUUCACUUUCUCUCCUCCCUUUUCUCCACUCCCACACCCCCUACGCGUAAGCCGCCUACGCCUCUCCUCUCCGCCCCCACUGUUAUGGCUGAGUUGGGACAAUGCUCCGCCUGCAUGCUACAGGCACAGGGAAGGCCAGGUUUUUGCACGAAUGACAGCACUACAGACCUCAGGUUCAGGUUCCGCAUCCGAGCUGUGUCGAUUCUUUAUAGGUUCAAAUCCUGCUCGCGACGUAUCUCCUGUCGCUUUACUCACCUUUCCCUACGCCUCUCGCCUCCCACCUCCGUCCAUACCUCCUCUGCACGUCUUUCCCUCUUGGCCUUCAGACUGGGUUGGAUCCUCGUUGUGGGUCACUUUGCACCCUUGUCACUCUCCUCUCUUAGUCUACAAAUCAUAAUUGCGAAUUCCUCAAACUCCGCCACAUUCUGUUCAGUGCUUUGCCACUCCUCAGGACUAAGAGGAACCACCAUUGUGCAGUCGGUGUUGGCAGCAAGACUCGUGAGUGUGGAGGUGUGUCUGGCUUACCUCGCAUCAACUACUUCGCCUUCGUCUUCUCCAACAUUAUGCACACAAUGCACACCAUCCACUACGAAGUCGCAUUACUUUCUACUGACAAAAAGCAAGUUGCAUGAUGUAUGGGAUUGUGGUUGUGUGUUGGCAUGCUAA